UUCAGACCCCGUAUGUAAUUUACUGUCGACAUCAUGGCACAGACCAUGUACAGCGUGGAUCCAUUCGUCGAUCCAUCUCUCAACGUCGAACUUCCGUCUUGCAUGUACAGGCUGGAGAAUAUCCACAAGAAAGGCACAAUCACCGCUAAAGAGGCUUCUGCGACCUUAGUCGAACUUGCGCGACGUCAAGAAAGCAUUCUCAGCGAAUUGAACGCCAUCAAAGGGCGAGUCCAAGAUUUGUCAAGAAAAUUAGACGUCGAAGUGGCUGCGCAGGAAGAAUGUCGACACGUGGUUGUCCACGCCUCACCAGGAAAUGAUACUCGAGCGCUCUUGGUCAUGUUUAGGGUUUUGUCUAAGGUUGUGACGUGUCGUACUCAAGUGUUUGUGCACAGCGGAUUGAGUGGGGAAGCAGGAGAGGGGCUUAGUGGGGUGUUGGAUGGUGUAGAACGGAAUGAGAAGAAGGUGGCACUGAAAGUGAUGUGGAUAUGGAAACAGGGGCUACAAAGUCCAGAGGUGAGAACAUCCGGACAGAGCAUUAGCGGAGCUGGUGUCAUCCUCAGAUAUCUUUCUCGUCUCUGCGCCAACCAUCUAUAUGAAGAACUCGGCCCGAGCUCCGCCACAGACAUUGACCGAUGGAUCGACACGGCAGUCGUCACACUACACAAGGGAAACGCAAAAGAGAAGACGGCCGUACUGAGGAACAUGAACGCCCGACUAGGAAAACACGACUGGCUCUCAGCCGACCACCUGACACUCUCCGAUAUCGUCAUGUAUUCGACACUCGAUGGCCACAAGCUGGUUGACUCGGCGCAGGCGAACGUAAAGCAGUGGCUCAAACGAUGCAGCGAGUCGUUAGGCGACUGAUAACAUAAGAUACUCGUAUUACAAUGACCGCUACAUGCCAAUGUGAUCGGCUCUGAUUGGAAUAAAAUUGAAUAAUAAAAGAUUGAAAUCAAUAACCUACUCUGUAUGCUGGGUGAAUAAUAAAAUAUUGAAAUCAAUAACC